UUGAAAAAUGUUUAUUUAUUUUUAUUUUAUUUUUAUUUAUUUAUUUAUUUGGUACUGGGGAUCGAACUCAGGACCUUGGGCUUGCGAGGCAGGUGGCAGAACCACUGAGCUAAAUCCCCAGCCCUCAACUAAUACUUUUAACAACCAAUUACAAUUUUUGCAUAGAUCUAUUGCAUUAGAAUUUGCAAAAAUAGUGAAUUUUCUAAAGCUAUUUUGCCUUCAAUUGCUAGCUUUAAUUCCUCUAUGAAUAAGAAUUUUAUUAACUAUUAGAUUAUACUGAAAUUCAAUUUGUUCUGUAAGAGUAGAAUAAAUGUUUUAUAUUGUUUCUUUAACAUUUUUUUUUUGGUACUGGGGAUUGAACUUGGGUCCUUGUGCUUGCGAGGCAGGUGGCAGAACCACUGAGCUACAUCCCCAGCCCCUCUUUAACAAUUUUUAAACAGUGUUAGUGCCUUAACAACUUCCACAGCUAUUAGAUUUUUUUUUUAAGCCCACCACUAUGAACUCUUAGAUUUUAGUAUGCUUUGGUGUGUUUCAGUCUAUUUAUUCUAUUUUUUUCCUGGUCCUCAAUACAUCCCAUCAUAAACUCCUGGGAACUCUCAGAAGUUGGCUUCUAUGUCCCUUUAAUGUAAUCUCAUUAGUUUUUGAUAACUUCCUAUCUCUGACAUAAAAUAUUCAAAACUUGUCUUAUGUAUUCUUCCCCAAACUUGGACCUAUUUUUCCCUCCCCAGCUUUUACAUAGGAACCCAUCUAAUGCCUCUUGCCUUCAGCCUGGUGGAUCUCAGAAUGUUUUUGUUCCCAUGACACAUCUAUUCUGCAAGGAGAGGUUCUAAAAAUGUAUAAAAAGAACUCUAACCUCUCAGGUUACCUUUUUCUAAGAUCAUGGCUGAGAGAUUGUUAAUAGGAGCACUGAAGGGUGGUAAAAACACUAAGAUCAUUACUUUGAAUGGGAAGAAGAUGACGAUGCCCUCAACAUUAGGAAGACUGCCUGGCCUGAAGACUCUAAACCUUCAGAAUAACCUAAUCCCCAAAGUGUGUCCAGAGAUAAGCACCUUGACCCAAUUGAUGGUAGUAAAUAUGGGAAACAAUCUUUUAGAAGAAGUUCCAGAAGAGAUAAAAUACCUUACUUCUCUGAAGACACUUCAUUUAUUUAGAAAUAGGAUUUGUAGAUUUGCCUCAGGAGCAUGUGAUGGUUUACAAAAUUUGAUCCUGCUUAAUCUGAACAGCAAUCGGCUUACACAGCUUCCUCAGGAAGUCAACAGAUUAAAAAAUCUUACAUGUUUGAAUAUAAAUUAUAACCAGCUAACCAGCAUUCCUAGAGAACUUUGUUUCCUUGAGAAUCUUUCUGAACUUCAUCUUAACUACAAUCAACUCAUUUGCAUACCUGAAGAGAUUAAAUUCUUAAUGAAGCUCCAGAAGCUUUUUUUGGCCAGGAACAACAUUGAGGAUUUACAAGAGGGCAUUUGUGAUCUUAAAAAACUAAGAAUCCUAGACAUAGCUGGAAAUAUUAUUCAGAUAUUUCCACCAAGAUUUCAGGAUCUGAAGCCGAGGGAAUUCUACUGAGGAAAUCCACUCUUCCUGAAGCAGCCAUUUGCAGCUAAACAACAGGAGGACAUUUGGAGUCUAAAGGAAAUAACAUCAAGAUUUGUUAUGAAUCAGCUAGCUGCAAAGAAUCCUUUUCUAAUGCAUGCCGUAGAACAGUAUCCAGAGGUUAGGAACAUAAUCUCUGAGGGAAAAAACUGUGCAAUAUGUGGAAAAUUCUUUUUAACCAUAUGGCUAGAAUGUGUUCAAUUUGUUCCUCCAUCGAAGAACUGGAUGAUAAGCAAAAAUCUACAGCUGGUACCUCUCCGAAUAUUACUUUGUUCUUACAAAUGUUUUAACCGGCGUAACCCUAACGUCUUUGGAAUUUCUCAAGAAUAG